UCAAUUGCGCCUUCAAUAUACACACUACCUCCUCUGCAGGCUCCAGGCCCAGUCGACGAUGACGUAGACCGCCUGCAACCUUUAUUAGAAGACGAUCCAGCCAAUUUCGAUCUCGUAGCUGCACCACCAGAAGAAGUGAACCAGACAUAUCGAUUGGACGAACAUGCCGAACAACUCCUUUCGCGACAACAUCUGGAAGCAAUCUUCGCAGACCGCAAGACCUUGCUGAAGUUCACCGGCUUUCUCAACAGCCACCGUCCCUCAAGCAUACCAAUUCUUGUCUUCUAUAUGGAUGCUCUGAAAGCCCUGCGUGCCAUCAAAUAUGCGAAUGCUGUGUCAAGUGCAUUACAUCCUAUUUCCGGCCUCGAUUUCACUUCCACACCGCCUCAGACUACUCAAAAUCAAGAGCUGCAGAACAAGGCUGACCAGGCUUUCGACCUCUUGGUUCGAGAUGAUUUACCAGCCUAUAUCACAUGGACAUGGAUCUCAAUCGUGAGCACGAGCAUCCAGAGAAGAAUCACCGGAACAUUGGCACCGCACUUGAGAGAAGCUUCAGAAGGGUUGGCCGAAGUCUUCUGCUUGACGGAUCCGUCCAGGAAGGACAACCCCAUUGUGUUUGCCUCGGAAGAGUUUGCCCGUACGACCCAAUAUGGUAUGGGUUAUUCGAUCGGCCGCAAUUGCCGCUUUCUUCAAGGACCGAGGACGAAUCCGCACUCGAUACGUCGUCUGGCCGAAGCGUGUACAGUGCCCAGAGAACAUAGCGAGAUCUUUGUCAACUAUCGCCGCGACGGCAGCCCCUUCAUCAAUCUGCUCAUGAUAGCGCCACUUUAUGACUCCAAAGGUACAUUGAGAUACUUCAUUGGAGCUCAAGUCGACGUAUCUGGGUUGCUGAAGGAGAUGACUGGUAUGGAAGCUCUCAAGAAGAUGACGAACCGUGAUGAAGACGAAGAUGGUCAAGAGCAUCUAAACAACGAAUUUGAGAAUCUGAGCGAGAUGUUCAGUACCACCGAACUGGACACUGUCAGGCAAUGUGGAGGUCGCAUGCACCGCGAGCAAAUCGACGACGAGCGAGAUAACGGCGUGCAACCCAGGCCCCGGCUCCUGAUAACUGACCAGUCCGACGAGAACAUGAACCAAUCGACGCAGCCGCCCAACAAUCCAGCUUCUGGUCCCAACGGAGUGCAGCGCAUGCCUGAGAACGGCAGGCUGGCAGGUGUAUAUGAGCACUACCUGCUUGUUCGACCGGCACCAUCUUUGCGCAUCCUCUUCACCUCACCGUCACUUCGUGUACCAGGAAUCUUGCAAAGUCCUUUCCUCUCUCGUAUUGGGGGUUCACCUCGUGUACGCACAGAACUCGCCCAAGCAUUUGCUGAAGGCCGCGGGGUGACGGCAAAGAUUCGCUGGUUGACACGCAUAGAAGAAGAUGGAGAGGACGAAGGUCGCAGCCGAUGGAUACACUGUACGCCGUUGAUCGGCCAUGGCGGCGCAGUCGGCGUGUGGAUGGUAGUUCUUGUCGACGAGGAAGGUAGCCGAAGCAAACGACGAUUCAGGCCCGCACCACCCGUUAGCCAGGUCAUUGGAGGC